AUCAGCUCAUCCGACGGCCACGAAUCCUUGAAGGCUGAAUUGGUUCAUCAUCGGAAGCAGAAGCAGGGAACGAGCGAUCCCCUCCCGGACACGACGCCCCUAUCGCUCGCUGCUUCCGGUGCCGCGUGUCAGCGUGCGCAAAGCUCGCCCUCAUCGCCGCCGCCACCGCCGCCGCCGCUCAACCCCAUCCCGCCGGCCCCGCCCCGUUCCAUGGCCGCCAAGUGGGCCCAGAAGACCGUCGUCAUCCCUGCCCAGCGCCGCGGCUGCCACCUCAUCACCCCCAAGAUUUUGAGGGAGAUUGAGGGCGAUCUCUCCGGGUUCAAGUGCGGCUUGGCGCAUCUGUUCCUGCAGCACACAAGUGCUUCCCUGACCAUCAAUGAGAACUAUGACUCUGAUGUACAGGCUGACACCGAAACAUUCCUUAACAAAAUUGUCCCAGAGGGCCGCUCUGCUCCUUGGAAGCAUACUAUGGAAGGACCGGAUGACAUGCCAGCACAUAUUAAAUCAUCAAUGUUUGGUUGUGCUCUGACAAUUCCUAUAACUGAUGGACAUCUCAACCUGGGCACUUGGCAGGGUAUAUGGCUGUGCGAACAUCGCGAUCAUGCUAGUGCUCGUAAAAUCGUGGUCACCCUCAACGGAAUCUAAACGGAGUAUUAGAAACCUGGAGGAAGGAGGAAUGCUGGGCAGCUUUAAGCACCAGCACGGAAACUCAAGACAUGAGAGCUUUGAACAUGUCGUGUACGGGUCGUCGAUCUUGUAUGUAUGAAUGAGUGGUGCAAAAUUUGAAUAAAUUGGGAGCCAACAUGAGUGUUCAAAAUGUGGACGUACCCAGCUGUUUGGAUAGAAGAUAAGAGUUUCUCGUCCAUGUAGUUGAAGAAAUCUGUCUUUUUUCACUUACAUGAAUGAUGAAGAAAUAAACAUGCCUUGCAACUGCGGUGACAUUUCA